AUUAUUAUUUGGGUCCGCUUAGAGGCGCCCCCAAUUUGCCGUGAGGGAGGGACCCGGACAGCAGCGCACCGUGGCGGUCUGUCAGGGAAACAUGAGGACGGUAACUAACCAUCACACGUCGCUGCGCUCCCGUCGCUCUUUGACGCUGACCGCGACGCGCGCAGUAGGAGUCCCGGAGGAAAGAUCAUCCCCCGUCAGAUCCCACCUCUGAUGCCGACGUCCCGCAAGAUUGGAGCGUUUGUGAGUGCAUCGCCGAGGAGGACUACUUUCUCUCUCAAGGGAGGCAGGUCAUGGACUGGGAAACAGAAACGCAAGGACAUUUCUGCUCUAAGUGAAAACCUCAACAUCAACUUGACUCUCCCUCACUUGAGCGUUGCUAUGGUAAUCCGCCAGCAGCGAUUUGAAACUUUCUGAGAAGUUUUUUGGGGAGCAUCACUGCGUUUUUGCGCACCGAGGAUUUUGGAGUGCGUCUUUGCGCGCUCUCUGUUAUCAUUUUGAUUCCAAAUAAAAAAAAAAAACACUUUUAAGCACCACACCCGAGGCGAAAACGAGAAGGACCUAGGAUACCUGAAACCAUACCAGUGGGCAUACUCAUCACUUGGGACCCGACAUCGAGGCGAUGGAUAACUCGUACUGUUUCUUGGCUGUGUACAUGCUGGUACUCUCGCUGGGCUUCAGGAUAGAGGAGGGCAUGUGCCAGCACUACUAUCUCCUGCGUCCCAUUCCGAGCGACACGCUUCCCUUGGUGGGGAUUAAAGAGGAUCGGGACCCUGAGCUGGACCCUAAGGAGAAAGAUUUGAACGAAACGGAGCUGCGAAGUAUCCUGGGCAGUCAUUUCGACCCCCUUUUCAUGUCCGUCGCCCCGCUGGAGGACCGAUACGUGGGCAACGAGGACACCAGCGACUCGGAGGGGACGCGGCUGCAGCAGAAGCCCACCGGGCUGAUGCCCAAGGAGAUCAAGGCCAUGGAGUUCGAGAUCCAGCACGGGAAGAAACAGAAGCCCAGCAAAAAGCUGCGGAGAAGGCUGCAACUGUGGCUCUGGUCCUACGCGUCCUGCCCGGUGGUUUACGCGUGGCACGACCUGGGCCACCGCUUCUGGCCGCGCUACGUGAAGGAGGGCAGCUGCAACAAUAAGCGCUCUUGUUCGGUGCCCGAAGGGAUGGUUUGCAAACCUGCCAAAUCGGCGCAUUUUACCAUCCUACGAUGGCGGUGCAUGCAGAGAAAGGGUGGGCCGAAGUGCGCCUGGAUACCCGUGCAGUACCCCGUCAUAUCGGAGUGCAAAUGCUCCUGUCCAAACUGACACAGUGACUUUUGGACAAUUCUUUUUUUCUCAAAGUUCUAGAAGUCAUAGUGUAUUGUAUUGCUAUUUUUAUAUGCACUGUCCAAAGUGUAAGAAUGUAUAUUUGAUGUACAUGUUGUACCAUUUUAUUUUAUGAUAAAAAAAAACUUUGUAUAAAUGGUCAGUAUUAUUAAUAUAAUCAUUUCUACUGUAUUUGUUGUUUUGUGUAUCUCGCUUGUUGGUUGUUUUGUUGUUUUUGUAUAUUUAUACUGAACUUCGCCUUGCGAGGAAUGAAGUGCUGUUUUGUGAAGGACUCUGAGCUAUUUUCCAUUCUGAGAGGAAAUAGAAUAAUCUCACUGCAGAAUGAGUAGUAUUUACCCCAGAUUAACUUGAUUUAUACAUGUGAUUUGAUACAAUUUAUACAAAUGUAUUACAAAACGGAGGAAACUCAUACAUAACAAAAUACUGAAAUAUUUCAACGCUAUAAAGUGCCCAGGUAAUAUCGAAUAAUAUAGAUAAAAUCAAAUAUUCUGGAGGCGUUUUGAAUGCAAAUAUCCACACACACACACACACACACACACACACACACACACACACACACACACACACACACACACACACACACACACACACACACACACACACACA